AUGGUUCUCUUGAAGUUUUCCAGCGAUGUCGGCUCGGAUGACGGCGGCGAUGUCUCGAGCAAGAAACAAAAUAAAGCUCUGCUAACACCCCUGAUUCAGCUACACCCGCUCCCAUCCGAAGAUGGGCUCCUCAUCAAGAUUCAGCCUCCUAAAGAACCGAAAGAUCACCAGCUGGGCCAUGUUCCUUGCGACAUUGUUCUAUGCAUCGACGUUUCGGGCAGCAUGGGAGCUUCUGCACCUGUGCCUGAGUUGGCGGGCGAAGCACAGGAGGACUUUGGCCUGUCAGUCCUCGAUCUUGUGAAGCAUGCGGCUCGGACCAUUGUGGAGACGUUGGAUUCGAGGGACCGCCUGGGAAUUGUGACAUUUGCCAGCGGCAGCAAGGUUCUCCAACCACUCAUACCAAUGACUACCUUCAACAAGGCGAUGACACUUAUGAGGAUAGACGAAAUGCGCCCGCUCACAGCAACAAAUCUGUGGCACGGCAUCCGCGACGGCCUCGGCCUGUUUGGUGAGGCCGAGGCAGGUUCUGAUGGGAGGGUGCCAGCCCUACUCGUUCUGACCGACGGUGCGCCAAACUUUUGUUGCCCUCAUCAAGGAUACAUCCCCAUGCUCCGGACCAUGGAGUCACUGCCAGCUACCAUCCAUACAUUUGGAUUCGGCUACAGCUUGCGAUCAGGCUUGUUAAAGUCGAUUGCCGCUGUUAGCGGGGGUAACUAUUCGUUCAUUCCUGAUGCCGGCAUGAUUGGCACGGCAUUCAUUCACGCCGUAGCCAACCUCCAAUCUACCUUUGCAAACAAAGCCACCUUACGGCUGACGUACCCAAGCUUCCUGGAUCUCGAAGAGACUACGGGCGAUAGUGUCGAAAAGCAAGCGCCUGUAAAGCUAGGCGGAGACGUGCCGCAGACCCUCAGCCAGCUUACCAUCCUGCUCGGCAACUUACAGUACGGACAGUCUCGGGACAUCUACCUCCGCUACGGGGGCACCGGCAAGGCCUCCCUCAAAUUGGAAGCUGGUGCUCGGCCCGAACCCAUCGUGACCGCUAUCCUUGAAUACCAGCACUUCACUCCAACCAUACACUCAGCCGUCACCCACCAAAACAUCCUUGGUUCCCACCCUCCCCUUGACCCGGCCGAAAUAGCCUACCACGUUUCCCGCUCGGCCCUCAUCUCCUUCCUCUCCUCCCUCUUCCCAUUGAAACCAAACGGCGAGCAUGACACGUUCCAUCCCCUACCACCCGACCUCCUGAUCAGGGUACAGCUCAAGUCCCUCGCCCGCAGCCUCCCAGCCUUCAACGCAAAGUUCCUGUCUUGCCACGAGGGCUGCCGCUCGCUGUUUUAUGACCUGUGCGGCUCCACCAUUCCCUUUACCGCCGUCACCACCGCCACCCCCAAUCCCGAGGAAUGGACCGGCCAGAUCGCGCUGGGCCUCACCAACGGGACCUAUUACACCCGCUGGGGGCGUCAUUACCUUCCCAGUCUGGCGGGCGCGCACGCGCGGCAGGUGUGCAACUCCUUCAAGGAUGCCGGCCCCCGCAUCUACGGCGCCGACAGCCCGCUGUUUAUCGCGUGCCGCGACCGCCUGGACCGGGCCUUUGACGCGCUUCCCGCGCCCACGCCCAGCCUUCUGCCCGGUGCUCAAGGUGCCCAUGAUGAUUUUGUGUUGCGGGAUGCCUGCAGGCACAGGCGGCCUGGUGGUGUCAUCGGCCUCGUGGGUAUUGGUCAUAGCAGUAUUGGCAGGCAGUUGUCAAUGAAGUACUAUAAUGAUCCCAAUGGCGCCUGUUUUGCCGGGUGUGCCAUGGUCGCGCUUGCGGGGGGCAUCAUGAAUGGCAAGGAAAAGGGGUCGUUGGUUAGGGUUGGCCGGCUCAGGCGGGGCAUGUCGGUCCUGACGCCCAGGGGCCCGAGGAGGGUUGUUACUGUGCUCAGGACGGCGGUUCGCAGGGCAGGCAUAUGUCUUGUUGGUGGCUCUGGUGCUGGGUCGUCAGCAAAAGGGGGUGUGAACGCCGGACUGUGGGUCACGCCGUGGCAUCCGGUUUUCAUCGACGGAGCGUGGAGGUUUCCGGCCGACGUGGCCAAGAGGUCGGCGAGGUAUACGGGGAGCGUGUACUCGGUCUUGUUGGAAAGGGAUGACGACGCCGAGGCGCAUGCGAUCUUGGUUGAUGGCAUGUGGGCGGUGACACUUGGACACGGGUUGGUUGACGGCGGUGAGGGAGAGGAUGCGAUCAAGCACAACCAGCAGAUUCCCAACAACCACUUCCGCAAGGAUUGGCAGCGGCGUGUGCGGUGCCACUUCGACCAGCCCGGCAAGAAGGUCACCCGCCGUCUGGCCCGCCGUGCGAAGGCUGCCGCCGUCGCUCCCCGCCCCGUCGACAAGCUCCGGCCGAUUGUCCGAUGCCCCACCAUCAAGUACAACCGCCGGACACGUCUCGGCCGCGGCUUCUCGCUGGCUGAGCUCAAGGCUGCCGGCAUCCCCAAGCUCCUCGCUCCCACCAUCGGCAUUGCGGUCGACCCCCGCCGGCAGAACCUUUCCGAGGAGUCCCUCGCCAUCAACGUCCAGCGCCUCAAGGAGUACAAGGCGCGCCUGAUUGUUUUCCCGCGCAAGUCCAACAAGCCCAAGAAGGGCGAUACCCCCAAGGACCAGCAGACCGCCGAGACAACACAGAGCAUCCGUGCCACGUUCGGCGUCGAGCAGCCGGUUGCCCCCGGUUUCAGCGAGAUCUCCAAGAGCGACAUGCCCAAGGGCGUCGAGGGUGGUGCCUACAAGGCGCUCCGGAAGGCGAGGUCAGACGCCCGCCUGGUGGGCGUCCGGGAGAAGCGUGCGAAGGACAAGGCGGAGGCCGAGACCGCCAAGAAAUAG